AUGACCGUGAUCGUGACGAUUACCGUCACCAUUAUCGUAACCAUCACUAUUACCAUUACCGUCACCGUUAUCAUGACCGUCAUUGUUACCGUGACCAUUUCCAUCAUCGUUUUUGUCACUGUUACCGUUACCGUUACCGUUACCAUUACCAUUAUUGUUACUGUCACCGUUACCAUCUCCAUUAUCAUCACCGUUACAGAUACUGUUACUAUCACCAUCAUCGUAAUUGCCAUCGUUACCAUCACAGUCACCACUAUUGUCAACGUUACCAUCACCAUUACCGUGACUGUGACCGUUAUCGUUACCUUCACCAUCACCAUUACCGUCAUUGUGACAAUUAUCGUCACCCCUUACUGUUACCAUCAUUGUUACCGUUAUUGUCACCAAAACCAAUACUGUCACCGUUAUCGUCACCGUUACUGUGACCGUUAUUGUGACCGUGAUCAUUACCGUCACAUUACCAGCACCGUCCCUGUUACCGUUACCGUCACCGUCAACAUCACCGUCACCAUUAUCGUCACUGUUACGGUCAGUGAUACUGUUACCGUUGUCGCUACUCUCAUUAUUACUAUGAUUGUUGCCGAUAUAGUAACUAUUGCCAUCACCAUUACCGUGACUGUCACCGUUAAUGUCACUGUUACCAUUACAGUCAUCGUCAUAGUCACCGUUAUUGAUACUGUUACAGUUAGAUUGACCAUCACCGUAAUCGCCAUUACUAUUACCAUUAUCGUCACCAUCACCAUUGUCGUUACGCUCACCGUCACCGUGAUCGUUACCAUUACUAUUACCGUUAUCAUCAUCAUUACCAUUACCGUUACCAUUACCGUCACAGUUACGGUUAUCAUCACCGUUACCAUUACCGUCACUGUUACUGUCACCAUUAGUAUGAUCGUCAUCAUUAUCAUUACCCACACCGUUAUCGUUAUUGUUACCUUUACCAUUAUUGUUACCGUCUUCAAUAUUGUUAUCAUCACCGUUACUAUCACUAUUAUCGUUAUUUUUACUGUUACUGUUAUUGUGACCAUCACUGUUAUUGCCAUUAUUGUCACGUUCAUCGUUACCAUCACUUUUACCAUCACCGUCGACGUCACUGUCACCGUCACCAUUAUCAUCACUAUCACCGUUAUCGUUAUCGUUACCACUACCAUCACCGUUAUCGUCGAAGUAACCGUCAAUGUUACUGUUACUGUUAUCAUCAUCGUUACCAUUAUCGUCACCAUCACCGUUACCAUUACCAUUAUUGUUAUCGUCACUUUUACCAUGAUCGUUACCGUUACUCUCAUCAUUACUAUGACAGUUACCGAUACAGUAACUGUUACCAUCACCAUUACCACGACCGUCACAGUCACCGUCAUCGUCACCAUCACCGUCAUCGUUACCGUUAUUGUGUCUGUUAUUGUUACCAUUACCGUUACCGUUACUCUUACCAUUACCGUUACUGUUAUCGUGAUAGUUACCAUAACUGUUACCAUCACCAUUACCGUUACCGUCAUCGUUACCUUGACCGUGACCAUUACCGUAACCAUCAUAGUUACCAUCACUAACAGCAUUACCAUCAUUGUUUCAAUCACCGUUACCAUGAUUAUUACUAUUACCAUUAUUAUUACUAUUAUCGUCAUCGUUACCGUUAUCAUUACUAUUACCGUCAUUCUUACCGUUACUGUCACCGUAACCAAUACCGUCACCGUUAUCGUCAUCGUUACUGUGACCAUUAUUGUGACCGUGAUCGUUACCAUCACAUUACCAGCACCGUCACCAUCCCUGUUACAGUUACCAUUUCCGUCACCAUCACCAUAA